AUGGGGCGACGAAAUAAAGUGUCUUCUGCUGUAUCUAAACAUGCAACACUAUUCAGUGAUGAACGUGUUGUUGUGGGUGUUGAUGAUCUUGUAUUAUUAUCAUCUGUGAGUGAAGCAUCUAUUUUAGAGAAUUUAAAAAUUCGUCAUGCUGCUGAUGUGAUUUAUUCGUAUAUUGGUCAUGUACUUGUGGUUGUAAAUCCAUACAAAUGGCUUGAUAUUUACGGUGAAGAUAGUAUGCGGACUUAUAUGCAUAAAGCACGCAUUGAUGUAGCACCACACGUGUUUGCAACGGCUGAAGAAACGUAUCGUACAAUGCUUAGUGAAGAAGAUUAUCAGUGUGUUAUUAUUAGUGGAGAAAGUGGUGCUGGUAAAACAGAAGCUUCAAAGCAGAUUCAAAACUAUAUUGCAGGUGUUAGUGGUAGUGGUACAGGUGUGGAUAAAGUCAAACGUACUUUCUUAGAGAGUAAUCCAUUACUAGAAGCUUUUGGAAAUGCAAAAACCUUACGCAAUAAUAAUUCCAGUCGCUUUGGGAAGUACUUUGAGCUCUUUUUUGAUUCAGCAGGACGACCACAAGGUGGAAAAGUGACCAAUUAUCUCUUGGAAAAAUCAAGAGUUGUAAAACCUGGUAAAGGAGAAAGGAAUUUUCAUAUUUUCUAUCAAGUAUUGGCUGGUUUACCUUCUGUUGCAAAAAAGAAAAUGUAUUUAGAUCGAGGUGGACCUGAAAACUAUGAUUAUCUGAAAGCUAGUGGAUGCUACAAUGUAGACGAUGUGAACGAUGCACAGGAUUUUGAAGAGACCAUGGCAGCGAUGCAACAUGUUGGUAUUAAGCGCAAGCAAAUGGAACUUGUGAUUCAGACUUUGGCGGCAGUGUUGCAAAUUGGAAACGUGCAGUUUCAGCCUGAGACAGUCGGAGAUGCAGAGGGAUCUUCUGUGCGGGAUCGUGAGAGUUUGCAGAUUGCAUGUGAGUUACUUGGGCUGGAUGCAGCGCGUCUGGAACACGCUUUGUGCUAUAAACUGCUGCAGACAAUGGCACCUGGAGGCAAAAUUGAAUCGUACGAGGUGCCACAGAAUGUUAGUCAAGCCAAGGCACAGCGCGAUUCCAUUGCCAAGACUGUGUAUGACCGAUUAUUUGACUUUUUGGUGGAGCGCGUGAACCAUGCACUUGAUAUUGAGAAAAAGGCGGAGAAACAUGGCGAGAAUCUUGAUAUUGACGAAAUGACUAAGAUUGGCAUUCUUGACAUCUACGGUUUUGAAAUCUUUGACAAGAACGGAUUUGAACAGUUUUGUAUCAAUUAUGUGAACGAAAAACUGCAGCAAAUUUUCAUUGAGCUUACAUUAAAGAGCGAGCAAGAAGAAUAUGCACGCGAGGGCAUUGCAUGGUCACCAAUUCCGUUCUUCAACAACAAGGUCGUGUGCGAUUUAAUUGAAGCGCGCCGUCCUACGCCUGGCAUAUUUCUUAUUCUAGAUGACACCGUCAAAACGAUGCAUUCUCGUCAAGGAGACAGUGUGGACGUCAAUUUUCUAGAAAAGGUGGCUGGAAUCCAUGGAUUGCAUCCACAUUUCUCGAAACGUGGUAAGACCUUCGAGAUCAAACAUUAUGCAGGUGAUGUGCAAUAUAAUAUUGAAGGUUUUGGAGAUUCCAACAAGGACUUUUUGAGCAAGGACAUCGCGCUCAUCAUUAGCGAGACAUCCAAUAAGCUAAUGCGUUACAUUUUUCCCGAAAAAGUCGACUUCAACGAUAAACGUAUGGCCAAUACAGCCGGGUACAAGAUUCGCACACAAUGCGACGCGCUUGUGACUGCAUUAAUGGACUGUACACCGCAUUAUGUGCGGUGCAUUAAGUCCAACGAUCAGAAACAGUCGAAUAAGAUUGAUGACCGUCGUGUAAUUCACCAGAUCAAGUAUUUGGGACUUCUUGAGAACGUAAAAGUUCGUCGCGCUGGUUAUGCCUACCGUGGAGACUACGGGCGUUUUGUCGAUCGCUUUCGUUUGCUUAGCAAAGAGACCUACCCUGAGUUUCGUGGGUCAGAUAAGAAGGGCACUCAAGCAGUGUUGCGUGCAGCCACAAAAUUGCUUCCACAGCUUGAAAAUGAGGUUCAACUUGGCAAGACAAUGGUGUUUAUCCAAACUCCUGAAAUCUUCUUUGAGCUAGAGAAAUUGCGGGAGAAAAAGUUAGGUUCUUUUGCGAUGCGAAUUCAAAAGGCAUGGAAAAGAUACUUCGGUCGCCGGCAUCUGUUGCAACUCAGCCACGACAUUACGAAGCUAUACACAUCCAACAACAAGCAACGACAGCGCGUGAGUAUUUAUCGUCCGUUUGACGGCGAUUAUCUACGCGACAAUGCUAUUCGUGAGGCGGUCAUGGAGAUUAUCCAGCACUAUAAGGAUUCUGAAAAAAUCGUGUUCUUGGAUGAGAUUGAGAAGGUGUGUCCGAUAGCUGGGGUUUCGCCUGAAGGAUCUCCUGUAGCAGUGGUAGGACGAAUUGUCAUCAUUACGGAUCAGUUCUUAUACCUGAUGGAGAAACGCACGUGGCAACCUAUCUUAGACCCGAAAAGCGCAUGGUUGCCACCGUUGGUGUAUCUCCGUCGUCGCCUUCGGCUGACAGCUAUUGAAGAAAUUACGAUGAGUACGUUAGCAGAUCCAUACUUUGUUCUGAAAGUGCAUCAAGAACCACUUUUUGUCGAACCAAACAAGAGCAACUGGAUGGACAACAAGUCUACGAUGGUGUGCAUGGCUACAGGAAAAAAGUUUGGGCUGUUUAACCGACGACAUCAUUGUCGGUACACUGGUAAAAUCUACUGCAACGAUGUUUGCAAACAACUGGAAGUGGUGCCAGAUCUAGGAUUUUACACGCCAGUGCGCGUCUAUGACAAGGUGCUUGGGCUAAUGUGCACCGAAAUGCCUGAAGAUCAACUACUUCUGUCCGAGAAGAAAACUGAGAUAGCAGUCACGCUUGUAGAUGCGAUACGGUCUUUAGCAAAUGUCGUGACGCCGAUCAGUUUCAGCGAUUCCAUUCGUCUCCGGCGGGCAGCAAGCGUUGGGCUGUCGAAAACACCGUCACAGCAAAUUCAAUUUGUCGCAUCAGAACACGACAUUAUCAAAGGCGAUGCAAACAGUAUACAGAUUUACGUUGCACCAGGUGUGCCUGACGAGUACAUUCGCAAGCGUCGGAAACGAGAGAAAGCACGUCGCAAAAAACUGGAAAGGCAGCGCGAAGCAGAACUGGCUAUCAGAGUACAGCGUCAAGAGCAGCGUAGCCGUGAACGCGAGGUAGAGCGUUUGCGCCGCGUUGCUGAAAAGAAAGCUAAGAAGCAGGCUGAGAAAGAGGCACGAAAGCAUGCACUGACUGUAAAAAAGUCCACCAAGGCGUCCAUGGACUCAGCCCGCAAAUUUGGCGAAAACGUUCAAAGUUCCGCUACAAACGGAAGUGUUGUUGGAGCCAAUAGUGAAUUGGCUGCCAUACUUGCUCGUCGCAGGGGCGUAUGA